UUGCCGCACACGUUCUUUCUUCAAAAAACCGGCCGUUGCCGUCGGAAGCGCUCUGAACAUGAGCGAUGUUAUGUGUUUUCCGCGGUUCCCAGAUUAUUGAAGGCCGCCACGAUGAGCAGCGUCUGUAGAGAAAUCAUCACGCUGCAGCUUGGACAUUAUUCCAACUUCGUGGGGACCCACUGGUGGAAUUUACAGGAUGCGUCCCUGUCCUACGACCCGGACUCUCCUCCGGCGGAGAUCCAGAGCGACGCGGUGUUCCGCGAGGGCCAGACCCCGGCCGGUCACGUGACCUACACGCCGCGGCUCAUCGCCAUGGACCUCAAAGGUAGUCACGUGGUUCGGGUGUGCGCGUGGAUUUGGCUUCUGAGCGCGCUCUCUGUGCAGGGAGCCUGCGGACGCUGCGCCAGGAGGGAAGUCUGUACGGCCACGGCCAAGGAGGAGCCCCCACAUGGUGAGACCCCCCCCCUGGGACCGGGGACCUGCAGGACUCCAGAGACCAGAAGGACUCCAAAGACCAGCUGGACUCCGGUCUGGUCCACAGACCAGCAGGACUUUGGAGACCAGCAGGACUCUGGACUUUGGUCUGGUUCGGAGACCUGCAGGACUCCGGAGACCAGCAGGAAUCCGGUCUGGUUCAGAGCUCUGCAGGGCUCCAGAGACCAUCAGGACUCCAGAGACCUGCUGGACUUUGGAGACCCGCAGGACUCCGGUCUGGUUCGGAGACCAGCAGGACUCCGGUCUGGUCCAGAUCCCUGCAGGACUUUGGAGACCAGCAGAACUCUGGUCUGGUCGAGAGCCCUGCAGGACUCUGAUCUGCUCCAGAGACCAGUUGGACUCUGGUCCGGUCGGUCUGACCCGGUCCGUUUCAGGUCUGGGAGCCUCAUGAUGCACCAGGAGAGCCCUCCAGAGAAGAACCUCUUCCUGGAGGACCUGGACCUGCUGGAUGUGAGUACCCAGUGGAACCGGGUCAAACUGGGUCGAACCGGGUCGCAUCACCUGCUUCUCUCUGUCCAGAACGGGGAGAUCCUGCCAGAACCGGCCCUCCCCGACCCGGCAAGGAACCCUUCCCCGAAGCGGUUCUGCAGUGACCCGCUGGACCCGGACCUGGUGGACCCGGUUGGCGCCCGCCUGGCCCGGGUCCAGAAGGGGUACCGCUUAGAGUCCAGCGUCAGGGUCUGGGAGGCGGACCGGCUGGAGGCCUUUGGGCAGGGCGAGGCCGUCCUGCAGGGGGCGCUGCUGGAGGAGCUGGAGGACCGGCUGCACUUCUUCGUGGAGGAGUGUGACUACCUGCAGGUAGGUCUGCCGGGCCCAAACCACCCGGUACCGCCCGACCCGGUAGGGCCCAAACGACCCGGUCCCAAUCCCCCCUCAAAGUUCCAGACCCGGUCCGACCUGAUUCCGAUCCAGUCGAACCCGGUACGGCCAGACCAGAUUCAAUCCAACCCGACCUGGCUUUACCCGAAGGUCCAGAACCCCCCAAACCUUCCUGACCCGACCCUAAGGCCCCGACCCGGCCCGGCUCCCCUGAGGCUGUGUUCUCUCCUCCAGGGGUUCCAGGUUCUGGUGGACCUGUCUGACGGUUUCUCGGGUCUGGGCUCCAGACUCACCGAGCUGCUGCAGGACUCCUACGGGGGGCGGGGCCUCCUGACCUGGGGGCUGGCGCCGGCCGGCCGCCCCCCCGCGAACCCGCUGAUGGCGGCGUACGGCCUGCUGAACGGCGCCCUGGGCGCGCUGCACAUGUCCGGCCACAGCACCAUGUUCUGCCCGCUCACGCUGGGAGGCGGGCUGGGCCGGGUCGGGUCGAGGUGGGCCGGGUCGGGCCGGACCGGCCCGGACUUCCCUCUGCUCCGCUACGAUGUGAGUAUCCUGCUGCUCUGCCACCCGUCCAGAACCCCCCAAGAGAUCUAG